CGAUUUUCUUCUGCCACACUAAACCGAAAUUCUCAGAAAAACUAAUUCCCAAAAUUUGAAUAGUGUUCAAUCUGAGAUACCGAUGAGGCAAAGAGAAUCGAAUUCACCGUUUCAUUGGUUAAAGAGAUAAAUCUAGUUUCCAGAGGCCGAACUUCCUUACCGUGACUGCUUCCGCCAUAGGUAUACGCGUACGUUGUCGAUCUCAAGCGAAGUGAUGGCUGAAGGACAAUCAGGAGGUCCCUUUGAAAUAGACUACCCAGAAGGUGUCCCAUACAGUCCUUGGAACUUCAACAUCUACACCAUGUUGACGAUAGUUAAACAGACCUGUUUUGGACAUGUCAAGGCCAACUUACAUCAUGUGCUGAAUCAUCUCAUGCCAGGAACAACACAAACGCUUCUGGAACACAGUGAAUCCCUUGAGCUGGACAACUGCUUCAUAGCAGGUCAAAAAUUUGAUGGGCAACGGGUUGGAAGCAUGCCAGAAGAUGUGCCUAUCGUCCAACCGAUAAGACAACCUAUAGACUCGGAUGAUGAUGUUAUGAGAGAUGUUGGUUUUUCUUUUGAAUGUGAUUAUAAUCUCUGUUUUAAGGAUAUCUCCGCCAGCGAAAAUCCACCGCAGAGAGUUGAUUUGAAGUCCCCAGAGGAGCAUGUACAGUUGCAAGUCCUCCCUUCGAUGCCUCCUGGUUAUGCCCGAUUGGCAGUCCCUCCAAAUGUGGAUUGGGUACCAGGUCUGCAGAGUCUGUGUGUCCAAAAUGAAGAAAUUACACUCUUAUCCUCAGAGCUUCUCAUUGAACAGAUGUACAACGUGUUAACAAUCAUCACGGCCAUAUUAAACGUCCACAGAAUGAAGAAACACCACAGCAACGAUAAACCAUACAACGAAGAAGACUGCAUAUCCCUUGGGGACUACCUCCAGUACGUGGGACAGGCAGGGCCAGCAGUCCACGUGGUCAUGUGCAUGGGAGACUUAAGUCCCCAAAAAGGGAGGUGCCUCUUUCUCACAGAGGACGUCAGUUUGUCUGUGCCCUGUAAAGAAUGGCCCAGCUGUGCCAAGGAAUGGUGCACGAGGGACAGGCCAUCACGUUGGCCAUCACAGGAACUUAUCAAGAAGGUGAUACAGGAUGGGUGUCACAUUGUGCCAAAGUUUGACGCAGCAGUAAAAAGUUCAGUGACCCCAAGUAACAGUGAAAUGGCGGAAGCUGCAGAGGGUAGUAAUUUCCCCCAGACCCAAUGGAGGUACUCAUUCUCGCUGGCAGAAAGAACCCUGAUGAACUCCAUCACAGACGAGCAGAAGAUGUGCUACCUUAUUUUUAAGUACUUAUUCUCCCGAUACAUCAAGCUGGAUUCAGUGAUAACCACCUACACUCCAAAAACUCUUUUUCUGUGGGCACUGGAGACCGUGCCUGUCGAUCAGUGGACCAAAGCAACGAUCGGUGACCGCGUAAAAGACCUCAUGGAAGACCUGAGAACCUGCAUUAAGAAGAAGCACUGUCCGCAUUAUUUCAUUAGUGGGUCCAACACCCUCCAGCAAAUGGACGACAAGAGCCUUAAAGUUACAUUAGAGAAUGGUUUGUCUAUGUUGGAUGAAGAUAUGGCGGAGGCACCAGUUUUGGGCUCAGACACGUUUGAAACGACCUCGGAUUUCCCCGUCAACUUCAUGUUUACGUACAAAUCGUUCUACCCAAUCAACGCCUGGUUGGAAUCACUGAACGCUCAAAUGAUGGCGAAACUUGAUGCACCGAGUAAAGUUCCAUCUGAACAGAUCCUGGCAGAUUUCAUGGACAGCUCGAAAACUCACCCACUAGCCAUGCCAGAGAUUUUAAAAUAUCUUGUUCUAUCGGACGAGAUUUACAGUCAGCCUCUACCCGUUCCAGAGUUCCUCCUGAACCACGAGAAGGUUACACAGCUGAUCAAAUUCUUGGAAAAAUCCAUCACAACACCAGAAAAGUACAAAGAAAGCAUGGCAGAACUUAACGUUGAGAUAAAGUUUCUACACUUGCAGUUCAGAAUAAUCGACGAGCUUCAACAGUUUUUCACAGAAAACCCAAAUGUUGCCUUCAGCUUUGAGUCAAGCUCCGACGAAGGCGGGUCCGAGGGGGAUGAGUAACCUCACGUUAAUCAUUUCCACUUUGAGAUAAACGAGGACGUACCCGCAAUUUGUUUUAUUUUCUGGAAACUCUGAAUGUUUUUGCCGUAUAAUGGAUAAUAUACUAACUAUCAACUCAUAGCGAGUGGUUAAAAUGGACCCUCGGGGAAACCUAUACACUAUAAUCGCACUGAAAAUAUUUCUGGCUGUGGUGGCGCCUUAACCUUCUUCACUGAAGUAAACUGCAAAAUUAGAUGAAUAUUAAUGAUAAGCUGAGAUAUCUUAAUUCAUGUUUUAUUCCAAUUUUUCCCUUGCUAAGAGAAUUUGUGAAGGGAAAUUUUUACUUCAUGAUGAUCGACA